AUGGCUGCUGCCUCUCCAAACCCAUGCACUCCGAUUCAGAACCGCCACGGGCGGCGCAGUACAAUACUCUCCCCCAACUCAAUUCCGAGAACGAAAAUAAGUUUCUGCGUCACCCGACCCGUAAAGUUCUCGUCUCUCAAGACUUACCAUCGCCGUGGAAAGAAAAUCUGCAUUUUGGAAACUGAGGCCGCCGGGAUCGAAGCCAGCAGUUGUUCUGUCAAGGAUGAGCUCUUCGUGCAACUCUUUCUAGAAGCGUGGCCUUAUUUUCUGGCUCACAUGGGCAGCACUUUCGUUGUCUUAGUGUCAGCUGAGAUUAUCGAUAGUCCUCAUUUGGAUCCCUUAGCGAUGGAUAUUUCUCUGCUUCAUGGGUUGGGAGUUAAAUUUGUUCUUGUACCGGGAACACAUAUCCAAAUCGACAGGCUUUUGGUAGAAAGAGGAUCCGAAGCUAAGAUCCGGAGCAUGAUAGAGGCGAAGCUGUCCCCAGGCCCCUCAUUGAGUGGCAUUCGCCGUCACGGAGAAAACGAACGUUGGCAUGAUGGUGUUAGUGUUGCCAGUGGUAAUUUCCUGGCUGCUAAGAGAAGAGGGACAGUUGAGGGAAUCGAUUAUGCAUCGACUGGAGAAGUCAAGAAAAUUGAUGUUUUUUGCAUUCGUGAGAGGCUCGAUCAAGGCUCCAUUGUGCUUUUAAGCAAUCUAGGAUAUUCCAGUUCUGGAGAAGUCCUAAAUUGCAAGUAUGCUAUAUAG